AUGGACCACGACACCGAAAAUACCCCCCUUCUCAGCAAUUCCGAUGCUGGCCCUCCUGAUGUAAACGAACAAACUUACGUUACAUUGUCGCGCAACCCAGCUGCAGCAAUCUUCCAUCGUACAACUGUUGCCUUAACAUGGCUUUCUAUCGGUCUCUCAGUCUCAACCUUCGCUUUUGUGUUUGCCGUUAUGAUAAUAUAUCAGAUCUGGCAUGGCUCCAAUUUGAACUCGAUAACUAGAGAGAGUUGUGCCUGGUUGAUGUUACUGGGAAUGGCCACGGCUUUGAUCAGCUUCCUAAAUUUAGUCUGCCUGUAUGUUCGCCGGAAAGCAAUGCCACUCGUUCUCAACCUGGUUAUCGACCCCAUUGUUAUUUUCUACUCUUUUGGCUGGAGCGUCACUGGCCUAGUUGAAAAUUCUCCCUGGUGUGAACCUGAGUGCGAUGGUACCACCAAAUGGAUCCAACUUUUGGCCGGUAUUGGGCUAAGCUUUGCAUUGGGAUUAGGACUCACCCAUCUGGCUUUAUUCCUGAUGCGAUGUGUCCUUGCGGUCCGCUGGGUUUUUGAGCAGAGGCGCAACAGUUCAGGACCAUUUCUUCGUAUCCCGACUGGGCAAUUCACGGUGGAAUUCACAAUUAGAUUAUUGAGGCAGGAUAAUGCUGUUGUACCCCAAUCCGCGGAUGGAGAUCAGAGAAACGAAAAUAUCACGGAAGAAGAGAGCCGGGCUCUGGCUUGA